AGCGCCGCCGCUGCCUCGCUCCAGCCGGUCCCGGACACGCUGCCGCCGCCGCCGCCACCGCCAGGAAGGCAGCCGGCGCCGAGCAAGUUGCGAGCGCGCCUCUGCCCGGGGAAAGUUUCCCCUGCGGCCGCCGGCGGGAGUUGGCGCAGGGUCCGGCUGCUGCUGCUGAAAGAGUUUAUCCUGAAGCCAUCAGAAGACACCUCAAGAGAAUCCUCACUUUCCUGGAAGGAACGGACGCCAGUUGAAAGAGGUGGACAUCUCCUGGACGGCCCAAGCUUGCAGUGGCCAGGACCUCUGACACCAUCCUCGGAGCAACUUGAAACCUUUGACUUUGGCGUCUAGGAACAGGCCCAAUCCUUUUCCAGACCUCCCAACACCGGGCACCCAGCCACUGAGCACUCACUCUGUGGCGGACGCUGUACCGGAUGCUGGGAUUCAGCAGUGAGCUGGGCAGACAGAGUCACUGCCCUCCUGCGUUCGAAGGAAGAGGAAAGAAGGACAAGCUGGGCCAAUAAAAGAAUAUACAAGAGCCCCUCUGACUAGAAGAUUCUGUCCUGCUGACACCUGAAGAGCUGCCCAGGUAGAACACCAUGGAAGGCGACUGUCUGAGCUGCAUGAAGUAUCUGAUGUUUGUUUUCAAUUUCUUCAUCUUUCUGGGCGGGGCCUGCCUGCUGGGCAUCGGCAUCUGGGUCAUGGUGGACCCCACCGGCUUCCGGGAGAUCGUGGCCGCCAACCCCCUGCUUAUCACAGGCGCCUACAUCCUCCUGGCCAUGGGCGGCCUGCUUUUUCUGCUCGGCUUCCUGGGCUGCUGCGGGGCCGUCCGUGAGAACAAGUGUCUGCUGCUGUUCUUCUUCCUGUUCAUCCUCAUCAUCUUCCUGGCGGAGCUCUCGGCGGCCAUCCUGGCCUUCAUCUUCAGGGAAAACCUCACCCGCGAGUUCUUCACCAAGGAGCUCACCAAGCACUACCAGGGCAACAAUGACACAGAUGUCUUCUCUGCCACCUGGAACUCGGUCAUGAUCACAUUUGGCUGCUGCGGCGUCAACGGGCCUGAAGACUUCCGGUUUGCAUCAGUUUUCCGCCUGCUGACUCUGGACAGUGACGAGGUGCCCGAGGCCUGCUGCCGGAGAGAACCGCAGACCCGGGACGGGGUCCUGCUGAGCAGGGAGGAGUGCCUGCUGGGAAGGGACCUCUUUGUGAACAAGCAGGGCUGUUACACAGUGAUCCUCAACACUUUCGAAACCUACGUCUACCUGGCCGGAGCCCUCGCCAUAGGGGUGCUGGCCAUCGAGCUUUUCGCCAUGAUCUUUGCCAUGUGUCUCUUCCGGGGCAUCCAGUAGAGGGCGUGGCCUGGAGCCCGAAGCCUCACCCACCACCACUGCCCAGCACCCAACGCCCGCCCCUCCCCCGUGCCCCUGCCCUCUUGGUCCCAGGGGAGGAGCUGAGGUCAUGACGAGUGGCCAGGAGAAGGGGCAGAGGAAAAUAGAUAUUUUUUUAACAAAACAAAAUGAAGACAAAACUACGGAUUGAUGGACCCCACCUGGUCUCUGGGUGGGUGCCACGGGCUCUCUGCAGGGGUCCCGGCGCCUGAACCCCAGGGAGCCGUCUGCACUAGAGACCAAAGGAACCCCAGGACGAGGUUCCCUCCUCAGUCCCACCAGCCUCGGCAGCCCUGGGCCUGGGCCUUCUCCUCAGCUCCAGGUGUGCCCAGAAAGUGCGGAUUUAGCCAACAAGGGAGCAAAAGCAACUCUCAGAGGUCGACAAAGCCCCGGGGAACCCCAAGGAGACUCGGUCACCAGGUCCGUAAGAACUUGGAGCCUACGUUCAACCCCUGGUCCUCUGAGGAUGGAGUUGUCCCUGCCUCAGGCUGGGGCCAAGAGUGGGCUAUAGACACUGGAUCCAAGAAUGGCCUAGCUGGCGGGGUCCUUGCUUCCCUCACCUGUUGGAUUGAAUAAUCUGGAAAGCCCAGAGAGGGGCAAAUUCUCAUUCACAGUCACACAGCACAUGCAUGACAAUUCUGAACAAGAACCCAGUCAUCCCUAGGCUGCCUGUCGCUCCUUCCAGGGUUCUGUAGUUCCCAGCACAUCUGCUGCUCACACCCCUCCCUGGCCUCAGCAUCCUGGCUUUCCCAGGACAGAGAAAGCAAGCUGGUCAGGAACUUCCAGCUCCACAGCUAAGAAAAUUCUGGAAUGUCCUCCCUGCUCCCUUCCCACCUCCCCAUACUUCUUUCUAAGCCCCCAGGGACACACACGCACACACACUGCAGUCCCUCUUCCCACAAGCGGGACCCCUUCCCUGUUCCCCAUCAACUCUGGCUGCCAGGGCUGGAAAGAACCCACAAGAUCAUCUGGUUCUCCUCUCCCCACCCAGAACUGAGGCUUGGAUAUCUUCCACAAGAUCUCUGCCAAGACUUCGCCACCCACUUCUUGCAUACCUCCCAGGAUGGGGAGCUUACUACCUCCCAAGACAGACUUCUGUCUUUGGACUGCUUUGACUUUUUAGCAUCACCUCAGUGCGCACUAGAGUUCUCUGUUUUUCUCUGGUUCCAUCCAUGGCAUCCCACUUGCUCUCUCUCCUUCGCAAAUAGUUAAGGCCACAUAUUGCCUCCCCCAAGCCCCAUUUUCUCCAGGCUAAAGAGCUCCAAGACAUCUCAUUUCAACUGCCACGUGGCUUCCUGUCCCUUUGCGGUCCAUAGCACACUUCUGAGUGUUUCUUCCAAGCUCAGGCAGGAAGAGGUUUUCCCAAGACUCAUACCCACAGCACCCACAAACCAGUCCCUCAUACACAGGCCUCGCAUUCUAAUGUUGGCAACUGUAUUGCAAGAUGCCUCCACGCCAGUGAAUCAGGAGUGACUGCAGGGGUUGUUCAGAGGCUCUGAGGUUUGGCCUGGGGUCCGGAGGGGGGGCGGGAGGGAGAAGAACAGCGUAAUCCUGGUUGGUGGUGUCUGCCAGACAAUUUAGGCUUCAUUAGUGACAUCUGCCACAGGCAUGGCAGUGGGAGGGGCAACAUGUGCCUGCUGUCCUCCCCACCGUCCCUCUUCAGGGUCUGGGGCGAGCCCAUUCCGAAUCCCAGGUCCUGUGUCAGCGUCCCGCCUCCCAGCUUGCCAGCCACUGGGAGAGACGGAGCUGUGACCCAGAGCCUCACGCUUCCCUGCUCUGCCCCCUGCCCCCUUUAGAGAUGCAGCCCUGAGCUCUGUGCCUGCUGUAAAAAUUGGGUUUGACCCUCCUCCCAUCUCUCCCCUUUCCCAUCCCAUCCUUCUGCUGGCCUCCCUCCUGGUCUCCAAGCUGGGGCUUUCCAUAUUGUCCCUGUAACAGCCCACCCUGGCAGCUCCGUACAUGAUGCCAUGAACUGCCCGCGACUGGGCAUUCCCAGGACCCAGAGCGCCCUGCAGCUGGUGGCCCAGCCCAGCCUGAGCAGGGCCUUGGGCUUGCUCCGCUCGAGACCCACCCACUCACAUGCUUAGCUCCAGCUUCCUGGCAGAGGCAAAUAGCUGGUCUGAGGUUGACCAAAAUAAAAAAAAAA